UGUCAAGCUGGAGCAGAAAGAUUAGAAUACAAACACGUAAUCUAGAAACAAACCAGAGAGUGAAACUACAAUAAAACAUAGAAUAUCCAUAGAUAUAGCAGAAUUAAAUGAUAUAUCCAUAUACAAGUUGGUUGAUUUGAUGGUGAAUAGUAUAAGACGUGUAAGCAGAAUUUAAUAGAAUCGCCGAAAAAAUGACGUGGAGGUAAAGGAAAGUGGGUUCCAUACCAUUCAUUAAUCAAAUUGCGAAUGGCAACGCGCUAAUCAUAAACUAUACUUUAUCUUGAUAAAUUGUUUGAUAUUAUAUCAUCCAAAUAAUUCGGUUAUAAAUACAUUUCCAACUGUCCAUUAUCUUCUCCAUCCCCUGAUUCCAACCAACAACAACAUUCCAAACUCACAAUCUACAAUACAAUGGAGGCCACACUACUUUCUUCGCCGGCUUCGAUUUCACCACUCCGAUUCCAUCCACUGGUUCUUUCUCAAAGAACAACCACUUCGCAGAAGAAGAAGACGAUGACGAUGAGCGUCUCUGCUUCUGGAAAAGACCAUUACUACGGAGGAGGAAGAUUGGUGGACGAGAACAUGAUCGUUCUUAGGAAACGUAUCCACGAGAUGAAGAUGGUUGAGCGUAACUACGAGCCUCCUUCUCACUGGAUGGAUUGGGAGAAACGUUUCUACAGCAGCUACGACUCUGUUAUCUGCGACUCCGUUGGUCUUCUUCAGAGCUUCCUCAUGAACUCUCGCCCCAACGUAGCAAUCGCAACGCUGCUUUUCCUCCUCGUCAGCAUUCCCGUUUCCUCCACCGCGAUCGCGUUUCGUCUUCUUGACCUCUUCCAUUGGCUUCUCGCCGUCGCAACAUCAGCCCUCGUGACCUGAUCUCAUUCUUUUUUUUUUCGUAGCUAGUUGCCUACAAAUUCUUUAUAAAUAUAUAUAUAUAUAUAU